AUGAGGUGUGAUCCAAAAACAGUGGCUCAAAUCCUCUGGGGACCUUCCCAGGUUGGCAAAUCUUCCUUUGUUAACCUACUCCUUGACCAGCGUGGUGACCAGCAUAUGGCUCGAGCUCUUGUUGGAACUGGCAAUGGCCAAUCGGUGACAACGGAUGCUUGUCUCUACCAAGUUUCACGAUUCAAUCUUGCUGAUAUGGGCGGUUACGGCGACACAUUGUUGCGUUUCACUCCAGAUGAAAUGGCCGCGCGUGCUAGUGUGAAGCUUGCUGGUGAGUCCAUCUCUGCGGUUCAAGUUCUUCUAUUUGAAAGUGUAUGCAAUGAUACUAUGAAUGUUCUAAUCUCCCUGGCAAAGUUGGUGGAAGGCUUUGGGGAGAAGGUGGUGAACAGUGUUCUUGUCGUUGCUACCAAAACUGAUGCGGUUUCUGAAAGACGGCUCAAUCAACGCCUCGAGGUGAUCAAAGAGGCGCUUCAGAAGGCAGGGAUCCCCCAGGAUCGCUUGGUGCUGUGGCGUAAUGAAGAUUUCGAGGACGACGAUACGGUGGAAAGGCAGAUCCAAGAGCUGGAGGAUGCUUUGUCGUACGUCUCCCCGGUUCGCUUUGAUCAUCUGCAAAACUUGAACACCCGCAUCACGGAGAGAGCUCAAGAACUGUGCGAUAAUCAAGAAACUCUAUACAAAGAUGUGGAAACGAACUUACUAGAGUCGUACGUGGGCCAAGAGGCGUGCACUAUCCAGGUACCCGUCAUUGAGCAGCAGGAAUACACAGAGAGUGUUCCUCGUGUUGUCGAAGGUGGCAUUGGGCACAUCGUGGACGACAUAUCUGAGGCGCAUGGCCGAGGAUUUGCAAUUACUGCUUCUGUGUUGACCCUGGGCUUGAUUAAUCUAUACGGUGUUAGACGCAAUCCAGACAAAAUCGUUCAUUACGAUGUCGUCAAAACGAAGGAUGUCAUCAGUCUUAGAGAAGAAGUACGACUUCGCAACGUUACCAAGUAUCACCAAGUUACCAGAUCCAAGAAGGUGGAGCUCGAGCCUUUUCCAGUGGAACACUUCUCACUAGAGGCUCGCAGACAGAUCAUUCUGGAGGCAGCCAGUGCCAUCACUGGAUAG